GCCCAUGGAUUGGUGCAGGAAAAAGUCCCACAAAAAAAAGAAAAAGAAAAAAAAAAGGGGGUGGCACAGCUGUAUUUUCCGCAUUCCAGUUCCAGCCCAUCGGUUGGUGUGUGAAAAAGUUUUUUUUUAAAAAAAAAAAGUUGUACAGCUGGAUUUCCCACAUUCCAUGGAUUGGUCUGGGAAAAAAGAAAAAAUUGUAUUCAGAUUCAACUCAAUGCAUCUGUAUAAUAAUUGCCUCCAGCUAACUUUACCCCCACUGCAUCAUUCUAUCCUGUUUUGUGCUCUAGAAUUUCCAAAUUACAAGUCAUUUUCGAUCUACCAAAACAAAGAUGGCAGCAGAGAUGGCAGCUGAGCUUCUGCUUGGUCCUGUUGUGGAUUUCACCGUAUCAAAGGUGUUUGAACAGCUCGACUUAGCUGUGGGAUUCAAGCUGGAGCUGAGGAGGUUUCGUCGCAGCCUGGAGAUGGUCAGGGGUGUGUUGCGUGACGCAGAGCAGAGGUGUGUGGCGGACAGCUCUGGUGUGAAGCCUUGGCUUGAAGGACUCCGGAGUAUAGCUGAAGAGGCUGACGAGGUGAUGGAUGAAAUUUCAUAUGAAAAUCUGCGACGCAAGGUAGCAGCUAAGAAACUUAUGCUGAAACAGGUCAGCUAUUUCUUUACAGCCUCCAAUCCUAUAGCAUUUCGCCUCAAAAUGGCUAACAAGAUUAAGAAUUUGAAUGCUGAGCUAGAUGUCCUUAACACCAGGGCCACUGGGUUAGGACUUCAAGUUCAACACAGACUUGAAACAACUCCUGAACCUAGAGGAAUCCGGCAGACGGACUCCUUACUAGGUGAACCAUCAGGAGUCAAAGGAAGAGAUGGUGAUGUUCAAAAAAUAGUUAAAUUAUUGAUAGACUCCAGUACUCAGCAGCCUCUCUGUGUAGUUUCUAUUGUGGGUAUUCCAGGCCUUGGGAAAACUACUUUGGCAAAACAAGUGUGCAACAAUGACCAAAUACAGGCACAUUUUUCCAAUAAUAUUAUUUGGAUAUGUGUUUCUGAUAAUUUUGAUGUGAUGAGAAUUUUAGUACAGAUGCUAGAGUCUCUUAGCGAAGGUCAUCGUGAGAAUAUUACAAACCGGAAUGUUAUAGUUAAAAAAAUAAAAGAAAAGCUGGGGCAAAAAGAAAAGCUGGAGCAGAAAGAAAAGCCGGGGCAGAAAAAUUACCUUCUUAUUCUAGAUGAUGUCUGGAAUGAAAAUAGGCGGGAAUGGGAAGACUUAAGGGAUUGUUUGUUAGGGUUAAGUGAAAUGAAUGGGAAUAGGGUCCUCGUCACAACCCGAAUUCAAAAUGUGGCAACAGUGAUGGGAGUACUUCCUGAGCAUGUGCAUUGCCUCAAGCAGCUAAAAGAUGAUGAUUGUUGGUCUGUAAUCAGGCAUAGAGUAUUUGGCAACUCUCCUAUUCCUUCAGAAUUGGAGGAAUUGGAGACUAUUGGGAGGGAAAAUGCCAAAAAAUGUAAAGGUGUACCUUUAGUUGCAAGUGUUAUAGGAGGGAUUUUGUGCAAUAAUCGCAACAAAGAUGCCUGGUGUGAAGUAUGGGGUUCAAUAGAAGAGGCUGAUGGAGUUUUGCCUGUACUGCAAUUGAGUUUCAGUCGCCUGCCAAAACCAGCUUUGAAACAAUGUUUUGCUUUCUGCUCAAUUUUCCCCAAAGAUUUUGUCAUGGAAAAGGAGAUGUUAAUUCAGCUCUGGAUGGCUCAUGGAUUUCUUUCUUGUGAAAGACAAAUGGAGAUGGAGGCUAUUGGUGACAAGUAUUUUAAUGACUUGUUAUCUUAUUCCCUUUUUCAAGAUGCAGAAAAAGAUUCUUGUGGGGGAGUUAUUGCCUGCAAGAUGCAUGAUUUAAUACAUGAUCUUGCACAAUCUGUUUCAGAGCCUCAAACAUUGAUUUUGGGGAAUGGUAGUGGGAGUAAUAUUACUGCAGACAUUCGUCAUUUGAAUCUUCUUUCUGAUGAAGGUAUGGCAGCACUAGAAAUAGGGGAUGCUAUGCUAGAACUGCACACAUUGUUUUCUGAGACUAAGGUCUUUCCCAACAUUCCUGCAAACUUCGAAAAGAUGCGGGUCCUCAGCUUUUGUGGUGCCAAUAUUGACAAGUUGCCUGCUGUAUUGAGAGAGCUGAAGCAUUUGAGAUACUUAGAUGUUUCUAAAACCCCAAUCAAAGAACUUCCAAAAUUUAUCACCAAGUUAUAUCAGUUGCAGACUCUUAGUUUUAUGGAUUGUUAUUGCAUAGAGAGACCUUUGGAAGGAAUAGGGAAUUUAGUCAAUUUGAGACAUCUUUAUUUCAAUUUUGAGAAGUUGAUGCCAGCAGGGGUUGGUACUCUAGCUUGUUUACAAACGUUAAAAUUAUUUGUUGUGGAUCAGCAGAAGGGACGUCAGAUUGAAGAAUUGGGAGGCUUAAGUCAACUCAAGGAGACAUUAGAAAUAACUAAAUUGAAGAUGGUUAGAAACAGAGAGGAAGCUAUUAUUGCAAAACUUUCUGAAAAGACUACAAUUCAGGAGUUGGCACUGCAUUUUGACGGAAGAUUAGAACCCUAUCGAGGGAGGCAGUCUGGUGGGGCUAAGGAGUACUCACCAGAAUGUAGAUCAGAAGAAAGAAGGAAACAUGAUGAAGAUGUCUUGGAAGGCCUCCAACCUCACUCAAACCUGAAAAGCCUAAGCAUUAGUAAUUAUUGUGGUGAAAAGUGUCCUUCAUGGAUGUUGGACGAUCUUGGCAAUUUGGGUGAAUCAACUCAUCUCAGAAAUCUGGAAUUGGAAAGCAUGCCACCACUUUCACUCAACAGUGGCGCAAAGGUGCAAAUCGAACGAUGCAAGAAUCUGAAAAGUAUUGCAGAUUCACGUCUUCAGGUACUCAUUAUUGAUGGAUGUGAUGAACUAAUUAGUAUGGGGUUUGGAACACUUGCCACAAUGUCUCUCAAAGAAAUACGCAUAAGCUGGUGUUCGAAGUUAGAAAGUCUUCCCGUGUUGACUGAAUUACCAUACCUUCAUACACUUAGCCUUAAGGAAUGUGAGAAAUUGAGGGAUAUUGGUGAUGGUUUAUUUGCCUCCACGUGUCCUAAUCUGGAAGCGUUAACCAUUAGUGGUUGUAGAAAUCUGAUGUCCAUGCCUCGUCUAGAUGGGCUUUCAUCUCUUCAAAGUAUUAGUGUUGUUGUUGGCCAUGGGUUGAAAAGCAUAGGGGGGAGUUUAUCUGCCUGCACGAGUCUUAAGAGCUUGUCUAUAGGGCCUUGUGAUAGUCUGGAGUCGGUUCCAAGUCUAGAUGGGCUUUCAUCUCUUCAAAGUAUUAGUAUUGCUGGCCAUGGGUUGAAAAGCAUAGGGGGGAGUUUAUCUACCUGCACGAGUCUCAAGAGCUUGUCUAUUGGGCCUUGUGAUAGUCUGGAGUCGGUUCCAAGUCUAGAUGGGCUUUCAUCUCUUCAAAGUGUUUAUGUUAGGGACUGUGGGUUGAAAAGCAUAGAGGGUAGUUUAUCUACCUGCACGAGUCUGAAGAUCUUGUCUAUAGGGGGUUGUGAUAGUCUGGAGUCAAUUCCAAGUCUAGAUGGGCUUUCCUCUCUUGAGGAGUUGGCCAUAUAUGGCACUGAUUUUCCAGUGUCCAGGCUAGAUAAGCCGAAAUCUCUUAAAAUUAUGAUUUCGGGUUGUGGCCAAUUGAAAAGCAUUGGGGAGAGUUUAUCUAACUCCAUGUGUCUGAAGAACUUCUCUAUAUGUUACUGUAAUAGUCUGGAAUCGAUUCCAAGUCUAGAUGGGCUUUCCUCUCUUGAGACUCUAAGUAUAGAGAUUUGUGGUGGAUUAACAAGUUUGCCGAAUGGUCUGUCAUCUUGCACUGCUCUUGAGACCUUGAAAAUAAGCAACUGCAAUAAUCUGAUCUGGACAUCGGAGGAUUUGAGGGACUUGCGUUCUCUUGUUGAGUUAGAAAUUACAUGGUGUAGAGAGCUGAGGAACAUCCGAGGCCUAGGGGAGAUUCUUGGCUGCCUUACUCGAUUGAGGAAGCUGCAUUUUGGUGGUUUCUCAGCAGAAGUAGAGGAGCUAGAGGAAUACCCCAACCAACUUGAAGAAUUAAGUUUGAUUGGAUGGGAAAAACCAAAGUAUCUGCCAUGUCAAAUUCAACACCUAACUGCCCUUAGAAAACUCAGUUUAAGGCGUUUCCAUGGAAUCGAAGCUUUGCCAGAUUGGUUGGGAAACUUAUCCUCUCUUCAAUCUCUGUAUAUUAUCAACUGCCGGUCUCUGAGAUAUAUGAAAGCCAUACGACGUCUCUCAAAUUUAAAAACACUUGAUAUUCGGAAAUGCCCUGCGUUGAGAGGAAGAUGCGCCGCAGAAAGUGGUUCAGAGUGGAACAACAUUUCUCACAUUCCAAAUAUCUCAAUUGAUUGGAACGACAUUUUCUCACAUCUAGAUGAUGAUGAUGAUGCGUUAAUUGAUUGGAACGACAUUUACCCACAAAUAGAUGAUGAUGAUGCGUGAAGUGAAUUUGAAGAGAGACGCCAGAAGGAGGAUGAUGAUGAGUGAGAAAGACAAUUAACCGCAAGGAAGCCCUUGUUUUGUAGCAAAACCUAAUAAGCUCUACAGGUCUCUCAUUCUGCAUUAGAUUAAUUCUUUUUCUCUUUUUUUUUUUUUUUUAAUUUUUUUUUAAUUUUUUUUUUUUUUUACUUUUCGGAAAUUCUUGUUGUUUGGUGUUAUUGUAAGAAACCUUGUAAAACCCUCUUAAUAUAGUGAAGCUAUUUUU